AGGAGGAGCUGUAGGGAGUUUUUUAAUCGUAGUUCACUCGAUUCUAGGUAAGUAAGAAAAUAGGUGGUUUCGUGGCACCACCCAUUUCGUUUUAUGUUUAUUCCUAAGAAGCUGAAGCAAUCACAAAUUUUCGUUGAGGAUCUCCACAAGUAUCAUGACGGCAGCAGACGCAUCAUCAGCAGGUGCAGGCGAUUUGCGGGAGAAAAUCCUGACAUUGGAGUUCAGUGAUUUUCUCUUCUGGUUUCUCUUACUUUUUCUGCUGAUUCGUGGGCUAAUCCGGCUCUUUCAAACGCAAGAUCCGACGGUGGGUCGUCCGGUGAUGCAACAGAGCGUGUGGCGCACACAACUACAUACUUACUUUGUCGGUGGACGCCUGCACUCAGAUUGAGUCUGAGAGAACCUUGUUUGUGCUUGUUUCGGAACUCUUCAUCGACAAGGAGAUUCACUUUCCGAUUGCUUCUGGAACUUUGUCUCAUCGCGGACGACGGACCAGGGACGCCGAUUCUUGGUUGCUUGUGGAACUCACUUCUUCAUUGAACAACCAGUCCAGAUAAUUAUCCGAGAAUGUCGUACUUGGGUGAGCUGCCCGGUAUGAUUUUCUGUGACGGCCGCAGGAAGUACUUUGCUAAAGGCAAAGGAGCGACAACGGAACCAGGACGGUGUGUGCAUUGCGACGGCAACGGCUGCCGCAAUACCUCGCGGUCACCGGCAGGAGUGACAACUACUAACGGUCAGCAUUAUGAUGGACAGGAAGCAACCGAACUUGGAAAUAGCAGAUCGAUGGAAGCAGGGCCAACUUCUCGACGAGGAGCAACUACAACUUCUGCGACCACUGGCCUCUCAGGGACAGCGGCACACCCUACUUUCGAUGUCUCUUUUUUGACUAGUAGCAGUGAUGAGGACUCUUCUGAAGAUGAUGCAACUUCGCCAACAACACCAAGUCGCGAGAAUAUCGUGAGCGUUGCGAACAAUGUUGUCUAUAGGAGUACUGCGAUUAGCAGGGACGAGAGGGGGCAGUUUGGCAGCACUAUUUCGCAUGAGAAUUCACGAACUCUGGUGGGGGCCAUCCCUACGCAUCAGAAUAUCAUUGCGACACUGCCGGAGCCAGAAAUAGGCGAUCUUGAAUGGUGCGAAGAUCGCAGCUGUCCGAUUUGCCUGCUUGAGAUGAAUCCGGAUAGCUUUCCUGGGGGAAGCGGAGCGUCCAACAUCAAUUUUGGGUGUGGAGACAGCUCUAGUACAAUUUGUAGAGCGAACCCCAGAAAUAAUCCCUUUCGAACACCACCAGAGAAGCGAGACGAAGAUAAGCUUUCGGUGCUAGCAUGCGGUCACAUAUUUCAUCAUCAGUGUUUAGCGCACUGGUUGAGCACGCGCGGGCACUGUCCCAAAUGUCGCCGACCUGUAGAUUUGGCACUUCAAACGGCACACGCCUCUGCGAUGAAGAGGAGCCGUGCCUUCUGAUUCCUUACCGUCGUGGCCACAAGGACAUGAAUCCUCCCCCAGAUUUCCGAUUGCCCCAUCCCGCUUCGAAACCUCGACUGAUAAAUCCUCUUGGAAAGUUCUCCACGCUUGUUGUAUUCUGAUUCCUUUUCUGAUCGCGGAAAUUAUCGAUGAAAGAUGAAAGUGAAUCAAUUUAGUCAUUGACUGAUCGAACCUAGGGUUUGUCUGCGAUCAACCUCCAAUUUCUUUUGGUGCCGAGAG